CUGGACAUGCCAAAGCAAAAGUGACCUUUUUUGUACUUGUUUUCAGGGGCUUGGUAAACAAUCAUAACGAGGGUUAGGGUAAAUGACGGUGCGAUAGCGAAGGCCGGUUAGCGCCGCAUAUCGGAGGGAUCAGCCCGCAACCCCUCACGCAUCUCACCCCAUGCCAUCAACCUAUACCAAACAUCUCAAACUCAUCACAGAAAAGGAACACCACAACCAUGGCAUCCGAGCAAAAGAGAGGCGACGUCUCAAUCCGCCACUCCAUCCGCUGGUUCUCCACCACCUCCUCCUCUUCCAGCAGCGACACUCCCCCACCUUCGGAGCCAACCUCAACAAUCGUCCUCACCUCUCCCGGCGGCCGCUUCGUCGACCUGCGCAUCCUGAAAGAAGACCCUUCCUCCCCCGAUCACACCUCCGUUUUUAGUCCCCAACCCCAACCCGCAUCCGAAACCGAAGCCGAAGAAGUCAAAACCCUCACCCUCUCCCGCCUGGACUGGGCCAUAGCCGGCACCUCCACGCACACCCCCACCCGCCCUACCAUCGGGUACUACGGGCAGAAACUGAUUCUGCCUGAUGGGCGCACGGUUAAUGGGAGUGUGGCGGACUUGAAGCAGGGAAAACAGCCGUAUCAGAGGGGGAGGUGGACGCAUUGGGUUGAUUCUAGGGUUGUUUAUACUGGGGAGGGGGCGGGGGAGGAAGUGGCUGAUGAAGGCGAUAUGUACCGGAUUCCUGGCGAGCACAACGAGAAGCUUACGUUGGAAAAGGGGAGGAUGGUUAACCCCGAGACGGGGAGGGAGGAGGAGUAUGAAGAGGUUUGGGGACCGGAUGAGGAAGGGGUGGCGGAGCCUCCGUAUGUAAAAUGUGUCGUUUGGGAGCUGGAUAACGAGGCGGAGAAUAGAGGUGCGGAGGGGAGGGUCGUGAGGGUUGGGAGAUGGACACAGGGAAUUUUGAGACGGGGGAAUGAGCUGUUGUGCGAGAGGUGGAGGUGGGUGGGUGGUGAGGAUGAACGGACUAGAUGGAGGUUGGAGGCGAGGGUUAGGGGGUAUGUGGGUGGCGAGGAGAGGGAGAAAUUGGAUAUUGAGGCUGGGAGAUUCAAUCCCACUCUUAGCUGGCCUGGUCAAGAGCUGGAGUUUUCAAAGGGGCUUAUUGCUGAUGUGAUCGGUGUGGGAGACCCAGGAAAGAUGGAAGUUGGGAACAUGGUCCAAGAAAGAAAUGGUGAUGUGUGGACGCUGGUGGAGUGGUGUCCUUGAAAGGCUGAUGAUCCUUUUACCUGUAUUGCGUUACCAUGAGGCAGCAAGGGGUACACCCGAUCGGGUUGUUACCUGUAUGAACUUGCGUUUUCGGCGUUUCUUAAUACGACGAUGAUAAUGAUCAUGUUUUUUUUCUUAGGUACAGCUGCCUCCUGUGGACUGCUACCGGCCAACCAUACCGUACAGAGGAUCGCGGGUCACGCCAUCUUAUAGAUCAUGGCAUCACCUAUUUAGUGCCUGGGCUUCAGACUAUGGUACUGUU